AUGGAGCACCCGUUCUUCACGGCGGGCUCCGCCACCCGCGCGGAGGCCAUCCGGUGGCUCACAAUCGCCGAGAAGCUCCUCUCCGCGCGUGACCUGCUAGGCAGCCGUUCCUUCGCCACGCGCGCUCGCGACGCCGACCCCACGCUCCCCUUCGCCGACGAAAUCCUCGCCGUGGUAGACACGCUCCUCGCCGGGGACCGCCGGAUCGGGAACAACCAGCCCGAUUUCUACUCGAUCCUCCGCCUCACGCCGCCGCAGGGCGGCGACGCCGACCUCGUCGCCGACCAGUACCGGAGCCUCGUCCUCCACCUCAACCCCCAGCGGAACAGAUUCCCCUUCGCCGACCAGGCCUUCCGCCUCGUCGUCGACGCCUGGUCCGUCCUCUCCAACCCUUCCAGCAAAGCCCUCUACGACAAGGAGCUCGGGUUUUUCAACCCGCACCACCAACCUGACCCGUUCACCGCGCCCCUACCCGCGUUCCAGCAGAAUUUCAUUUUCCCCCAGCAGCCGCCGGUUCAUGGCGGCGGCAGUAGCAGCGUGGCCGCAACCCAAUUCGCUCCGCCUCAGCAGGUACAGGUCCAACCACCACCGCAGGUCGGACCCUUUUUUGGUGGUCCGACCCGGGUACCUCAGAAUUUCAUGGGUUUACAAUCGGGUACCAAUAUCGGCUUCGGGUCAGUACCGAGUCAUGAACCUGUCAAUAAUCCGAUUGCUAGUCAGGGGCAAGAAAAUUAUUCAACUUUUUCUGGUUUUUUUGUAGAUUCUUCUGCUUCUAGGGCAAAGCAGGAACAAUUAAGUGAUAAAAUUAAGUUAAAACAAUCCCAGCAAGAUUACCCAAUUGCUGGUAAUAAAAGUAAUCAACGUGUUUAUGAGAAUGUACAGGAGGAUAUAGACAAUGUAGAACAGACUGUAGAAGAGAAUAUAGAAAAUGUGGAAGCAACAAUGGAGGAGGAGGAUACUGAAAAUCCUCCGGCGAACAAUGAUUUAUUAACUUUCUGGACUGCCUGUCCUUAUUGCUAUUACAUGUAUGAAUAUCCUAGCAUUUAUGUCGACUGUACUAUGAGAUGCCAAAACUGCCAGAUGGCAUUUCAAUGCGUGGUGAUUCCUUCACCUCCGCCAGUCCCUGACGGUCAAGACGCAUAUUUUUGCUGCUGGGGUUUUAUCCCUUUUGGCUUUUCGAUAGAGGAAUGGCAAAAAAAUAAAAUCCCUCCUCCUAAAUGGAACCCCAGAAAUUCGGGCCCUAGGGUUUACAUUGACGAUGAUGAAGAUGUUGACAUUUUUGCGGAUAUAUCCAGUUCGAGCGAGUCUGAGUCUGAUAUCGACUGGCAAUAUGACAGUUCUCAAAAAGGGAGGACAAAAUCGUCAUACGUAAAAAGAAAGGCAGCUGGUAGGACUCCCAAGAGGCGCUCGAGGAAAAAAGCAGCAGUGCAAGAUGGGGCUAAUAGGAAACAGCCUAAUAGGAUUGCAAAGAGUUUGGGGAAACUGGAUUUGAAUGUGGAGUUGAGUAAUGAAGCUGAAGAGCGUGCUCAGAGUGUGAAUAAAGAUAACGAGGAUGAUAGCACUGAGGGGGUUGGGUUUUUCGAGGGUCUGGACGAGUUAUUCAGCAACUUGCCGAUUCUUAAUGCUGUGGUUGAUGACAAGGUUGUCAAGGCGGCUUGA